GGCAGCGAGCACCAGUGCGUGAGCGCGCGGAAGUUUUUCCUCGAACGGUGCGGCCGUUGAUUUCGGGUUCCUGGCAAUUCUCGCCGAGCAUUUGUCGUCACGAGUCGCCGCGGGAACGCCUGGGGUAAGCGAGAGACACGCCGCGUCGCUGAGUCCGAUUCGCGUCGCCGCCGGGAUCCGUCGCCGAGUGAGAUGGAAAAAUCGAAAUUGAAGAAGCUGCAACAAGAGCAACCCACAGCAAGAGAAACCGAAGAGUCGACGAAGGUGCCAAUACAUAAUUUACCAGAAAGAUUUCUCUGGAUGCACGUGAAGAGUGGUACAAAAAUUAGGAACGUUCUUAAUGUCGCGCUGAAGGAAUUUCCCAAUUACAACAGCGUCGUAUGGACUGGAAUCGGACACGGUAUUACGAAAGUUAUUACUUGCGCGGAAAUUUUCAAGAGGAAACACGAGGGUCUUCAUCAAGUGACAAAGUUAUGUUAUGACAGUUCAGAAAAUUCGAAGGAAAAUGUAGCUGCCGAAAAUCGGACACCGAAAAUCCACAUUUUACUGACCAAGGACAUUAAGGAUCCGACUGAACUUGGGUAUCAAGCACCUGGGGAUCGCGGAAAGUUUUCGAAGAAGGAAAAGGCAACGGGAUCAAAAACGAACAUUACAGAAGAAAGCACCGAUAAUGUGCCUUGCAUCGACAGGCAAUCUUCAACGUUGAGAAAAAACGGGAAAAGAGAAAAGAAAAUGUCGGAGAAAAAACCAGCUUCGAAGAAAAAUAAAGCAGCUUGAUUAGUAAUUGAAUUAAGGUAUAAUUGAAGUAUUUUUAACUUUAAACUAUAUAUUCUAGCUUCACCCGUUCUGAGUAUAGAAAAUGAAGUGCAAUUAGAAAAAAAACAGUCAAACUCACGUUCUAUUUUUAGAUAUCGCUGUAUAAUAGUUUAGAUAAAGAAAUAACGCGCGCCUUGUA